AUGACAAGCCUUUGGUCAAUGGCAGCCCGGCUGCAGGGCUGCCACUGUCGGGCGUGCCAUCGAACCACACACACCAUAGCCCGACGGUCGCCGCCGACAAGGGUGACGCCAUUGACGACCAGUGCCCAAGCCCACGGACGACGAAAGGUUCUGGCCAGCGAUGUCUUUACCGCCUGCUACACGGCUAUCAUGGCCACGGCCGCCGUGUUUGAUGCUGGGCAGAAAGAUCGUCGGAGACGAGAGCUCGACGAGAAGAUUGAAGAGAUAAAGCAGAGUUUAGCUGCGCUUGCCGAGGCAAACGGGCACAGCUUGGAGAUUGAUCAAGCGACUGGGGCUCCAGAGCCAUCUGAAGACCUCAUUGAGGAAGCCACUCAACAACUUUCGUCGUCCUCGACCGCUGAGAGCACAGUCGAGCCAACGCCCCAACCACCACGGCAAGCUGGGCGGAGACGACGACCAAUACCUCGGCCCCGGACCGAGCAGGAGAAGCUAGCUCCACCACCACCAACGACGUUACGAUACGUCUUGAACCAUAUAUGCAAGACUAGGAUGGUCACUCCGUAUGAGAAAUCACACAAGCUUUCAAGACCAGCUACAGGCUCUGCAACGUUGAGUGUCUUGAGUAACGCCUUGGCUGAGGAGGAAGCCAUGAUGAAGCCGUUGACCCCGGAGCCGGUGACCGAAAUAGCCAGGAUGAAAACAGUCGCCAUGGUCAAUAGUCUGGUCGACCGGCUCAUCAAAGUGGCUUAUUGGAGGACCGAGAAAGAGGCACCAGGAACGCAUCCAGCGCUAAACAGCCCCGACUCUGCGCAGACUAUGGUCAAGAUGCUCCGGUCAGACGGGAACCCGCGCUACAAGGACACUUUCUUGGACGCAGAAGAUGCCGCUAGACAGAGGGCUCGCUUGAACGAAGCCAAUAUGAAGGUUAUCUCCGAGUUUAACCCAUGGAGGAGGGAAAGAUUUGUGGCCAAGAUUUGCUUCAAUAUUCUCACCUGCGAGGUGUCUCCUUCGAUCCAAAACUACAACACUCUUAUAUGGGGGUUCACGAAUCUUGGGGAGCACGACCUCGCCCAAGCCGUGGUGGAUUCAUUCCUCAAUGUCAGUCGCUUCCGGCCAACGCAGGCGACACUGCUGUGUCUACUCUAUCACUACCGGGCAAGCCGCGAUAUUCUGGGCUUUCAUACCAUUCUUCGGAGGUUUUUCGGUCACGAUUCCCGGGGCAUGAGAUUACGUAGGAGGGUGGCUAUCACCCACUUCAAACGAGAUCGCCAUCAAGGAAUCAACCGCCUUUGGUGGGCUGUCGAGGGAGACGUAGCUAGGAUACGGGGCUACUACGUCCAGCGCGUCCCGCUAAGCCAGCCGAUCAUGGAGGCUAUCAUUGAAGGCCUGCUGGAUUUUGAACGCACCCUAGAUGCUGUUCAGCUGACCCAGGCUUGUCUGAACGAGAGUUGGGCCCCCAAUGCCGAUCUUUUCAGGCGAUUAUGCGAAAUCAUCGUAACACAUGGCGAUUGGGUAAGCGCGAAGGCGCUCAUCCAAGGUCGCCUCGCAAAACUCAACCAAACCACAUUUUUGCUGUUGGGCUCAGGAGACGGGAAACGUCCAGGCUUGCUGAACUUUUCGGCUGCUAGACAGUUUAGGAGAGUCUUGGCCAUGACGAAGACGUUGUGGAUUCAUGAUCAAAACACGGCCUGGCUCCAAGCUGGCGCAGAAAGGUUACGACACCUGGAGACAGCGCUCUGGCUCCUGGGGGUUCAGUCUAACCUUCAUUUUGAGAGGUAUACGACGCGGAGAUUGGAGAGCAUUCUUCGCUCGGCACGGCCCCUUACAGCUGAUCGUAUCGACCUUGUGAGCUCUGUCGUCGAUAACAUUGCCAAGAGGCACAGGUCGGAGGCUGAAUUUCUUAAACACCUAGAGAUUCGGGAAACUGUCAAUGCCAUGCACCGCGAAUGCGAACUCACCAGGCAAUGGCGGGAGCAAAUUGAGCAUGGCAUUUGCGAGUGGCUGGCCAGGAAAUUCAGGUUUGAGCUCUGA